CCACCCUUCCCCUCCUGUCCCGCUGCCAGGGGCUGCACGGACAUCGUCUGCUGCGUCCUGCUGCUGGUGGCCAUCGUGGGCUACGUGGUGGUCGGCGUGGUGGCCUGGACCCACGGAGACCCCCGGAAGGUGAUCCACCCCACGGACAGCCGCGGGCAGUUCUGCGGGCAGCAGGGGACCCCCAACGAGAAAAAACCUUUCCUUUUUUACUUCGACAUCGUCAAGUGCGCCAGCCCCUUGGUGCUGCUGGAAUUGCAAUGCCCCACCACGCAGGUACGACCCCGGAAUUCCCGGAAUUGGGGGUUUCUGGUGGUUUUUGGGGGGUUUGGGACCCUCAUUUUCCCAUCUGAGCUCCUGUUUUUCCCUUCCUCGGUCUCACCAGUGGCACGGAGAUGUUUCCCAGCCAUCCAGGCCAAGAAAGGCGUCAUCAUGGUGGGCAACGAGACCACCUACGACGACGGCCAGGGGCGCCGCAGGAACGUCACCGAGCUGCUGGAAGGGGCCAAAAAAGCCAACGUGGUGCUGGAGACCCGUCAGCUGGCCAUGAAGAUCUUCGAGGAUUACACCGUGUCCUGGUACUGGAUCAUCAUAGGUCUGGUCAUCGCCAUGGUGGCCAGCUUGAUCUUCAUCGUCCUGCUGCGAUUCCUGGCCGGGAUCAUGGUCUGGGUGAUGAUCGUCAUGGUCAUCCUGGUGUUGGGAUAUGGAAUCUUCCACUGUUACAUGGAAUACGCCAAGUUAAAAGGGGAAGCGGGGUCGGACGUGUCCCUGACGGAUCUGGGCUUCCAGACCGAUCUCCGUGUCUACCUCCACCUGCGGCAGACGUGGCUGGCGUUCCGUACGGGCUCCUCUGCACUUGGGAUGGGACCCAUGGGUGGUGUGAUGGGAAUGGGGAUUUAACUGGGGUUUAAGCGGGGUUUAACUGGGGUUUAACCAUCUUCUCGCAGGGCCGUUGGUCACGUCAUGUCAUCGCUGCUGUUCCCCUUGUGCACCUUCUUCCUCCUGUGCCUCUGCAUCGCCUACUGGGCCAGCACCGCCGUCUUCCUGUCCACCUCCAACGAGGCCGUUUACAAGGUGUUCAACGAGUCCGCGUGCCCGUUCUCCGGGCAGACCUGCAAGCCCGAGACCUUCAACACCAGCAACGUCACCAAGCUGUGCCCCGACGCCCAGUGCCUCUUCGCGUUCUACGGCGGCGAGACCGCCUAUCACAAGUACCUCAUCGUGCUCCAGUUCUUCAACGUCUUCAUGUUCUUCUGGCUCGCCAACUUCGUCAUCGCGCUGGGCCAGGUGACGCUGGCGGGCGCCUUCGCUUCCUAUUAUUGGGCCUUCAAGAAACCCGACGACAUGCCGGCCUUCCCGCUCUUCUCCGCCUUCGGCCGCGCGCUCCGGUACCACACUGGCUCGCUGGCCUUUGGCUCGCUGGUCCUGGCCGUCGUUCAGGUCAUCAGGGUCACCCUGGAGUACCUGGACCACCGGUUGAAAGCUGCUGAGAACAAGUUUGCCAAGUUCCUCCUGAGCUGCCUCAAGUGCUGCUUCUGGUGCCUGGAAAAAUUCAUCAAGUUCCUCAACAGGAACGCCUACAUCAUGAUCGCCAUCUACGGCACCAACUUCUGCACCUCGGCCCGGAAUGCGUUCUUCCUGCUGAUGAGGAACAUCAUCAGGGUGGCCGUGUUAGAUAAAGUCACGGAUUUCCUCUUCUUCCUCGGGAAGCUCCUCAUUGUGGGAAGUGUGGGAAUCCUCGCCUUCUUCUUCUUCACCCAGCGCAUAAAGCUGGUCCAGGACACGGCGCCGCCGCUGAAUUACUACUGGGUCCCGAUUCUGACGGUGAUCGUGGGCUCCUACCUCAUCGCCCACGGGUUCUUCAGCGUGUACGGCAUGUGCGUGGACACCCUCUUCCUCUGCUUCUUGGAAGACCUGGAGCGCAACGACGGCUCGGCGGAAAAACCUUAUUUCAUGUCCCAGAACCUGAGGAAACUUCUCAAGAAGACCAACAAAGGCCAGCCCGAGGCGUAGAGCUGCUCGUCCCACGUGGAAUUCACCUCCAUGGACCUUGGACCACCCGUUCCUCCCCUCCCGGCAGCGCUGGCGGGGGGAGAUCGGUAAAAACACGGAUUUUUCACGACUCGGCCUUAAAUCCUUGCGCUGGUGACGAUGACGAGCUUGUCGCCGCUAACGAGCCGCAGGGCCCCGUGAUAUAAACGGGAGAAAUCCCAAUUCCUGGGGUUCGGCGACUCCGGAGCGAGUUUAGGUGUGUUUGAUCCCAUUUUGAUCCCAUUUUGAUCCCGUUUUGAUCCCAUUUUGAUCCCGUUUUGAUCCCGUUUUGAUCCCAUUUUGAUCCCGUUUUGAUCCCGGUGAAGCCUUUUGGCGUCAGCCUUUCCUCAUCGCCGGGGAUUUGGGCGCAGAGGUGACGGUUGAAGGAGCCAGGAGGUUCAGGCAGCUCCUCGUGGGGUGUUUUCCUUGUGAUCCCCCCAAAAAUAUUUAAUUAUGGUUGUUCAUUCGAGCCGGGACGGGCUGGGAUCGCUUCCCAUCCCUUUCUGCCCUUUUGACACCCCAGAGCCCCCGUUCUGGGCCCUAAUUAAUUAAUUCUUUUAGGAAUAAGCUAAUUAAUGCUCUUGUAGCCGCUGCAGGGAGGUGAAGGUGAAGGAGAGGGGGCCGUGAGCAGAAUUUGGCUCUGUCCGGUUCUGGCGCCGCUCGAGGACCUGCAGAUUCCACAGAUUCCUCCCCAAAAAUCUGCGCCUGGUCCCAAAAGUUGUCACUUUAGGGCACAGCCUCCCCCAGCUCCCUUCACCUGGGUGAGGGGUUUUGGGACCCCCGCCCCAGAGCGUGGGGAGGGGGCUUGGAUGGACCUCGGAGGGGAGUUUUGGUUUAAUUCCCGGUGAUUUUAGCAAAGCCAGUAGCAGCCGACACCUGGUGGCUCGUGCCAGGAGGGGAAAAAGGGAGUUAUUUUUUGAGCUGAAAAGGGGUCAAUUAACUCUAAAAUAUAAUUAACUCAAGCUUAAAAUAUAACAGAAUUAACCCUCAGACCUGGUGGAGCCACGGGAGCAGAGCCACCGUCAGCAAUGGGAUUUUUUCUGGGUUUAUUUGUUCAAAAAGGAUUUAAAGAAACACUCUGAGGAUUUGGGGGACCAAUCCCACCUUCCCCCCCAUUUCAGGGCUCCAGGAAUUGGUGCUGAGGGAUCCCUUUGGCUGCUUUUUAUCCCAAUUCCUUUCUUUUGUAUCAUCCAGGGGGCAUUUCUAUGGAAUUAUCCAAUGCUUUGGGGGAGCUUUUGUAUAUUUUGCUUUUCCAGGAUGUUUUUUUUUUUUGGUUAGGGUUAUUUGGAGCUUUUCCAGUGAAUUUUUGGGGUCAAGCUUUGGUUUCUCUGACGCCGCCGGGCAGAGAUUCCCGUGCUGGAAUCAAACACUGAAAUUUCCCUAAUUUAUUUUUUUUUUAAACAAAAAAAUUCCCUAUAUUUUCCCUUUUCCCACCUCGUUUUUCAACUGACAGAGGAGUGGAAGGUAAAAUUGAAGCCAAAAAAAAAAAUGAAGGAAAAGGUAAAACUGGAAAGGUGAAGGGAAAGACAGAAAAAGUGAAAAAAAAGCUAAAAAAGUAACAGUAAAGCUGAACAGAAAAAUGUCAAAUGGAGCUAAAAAGAGGCAAAUCCUCCCUGUUUGGGAGAAGUGGGAAUAAUUCAGGGAAUAAUGACAUUUUUCCAACUUACAGCCAUUCCAGCACCUCCAGUGUUGUGUCCUGCAGCUCCUGAUGCUGGUUCUGGAUUCAUUUCUUCCCCUCCCUGUGCAGGUUUCAGGGCGGUUUUGGUUUUAUUUCUGCUCAGAAUGUUCAUGUUGAGGGCAAAUUCCCUCUCACUCUUCGAUUUUCAGCCGUUUUCCACCUAAAUCCUGAGCCUUUGGGUGUGGGAACGCUGCAGGAAACAACCGAGGAGCAGAGGGAACUGGGUUUAUUUGCUUAAAAAAGGCAAAAAAACGGCAGGAAUUGGGAAAUCUGGAAGGAAAAGCGGUGAGGGAGAGGAGAAAUUUGGGAAGAGAUGUGUUCCUGGGGAAGCCAGGCUGGCUCGGCUGCCUCCCAGCAACGCAGGAUUUGAGGAGAAUUAAGGAUUUUUAUUCCCAAUAAGCCCCGAGUGGAUUUUUAGAGGUGAAAACUGACGGUGAUGGGGAGCGGUGAGGGAAAUAUUCCUGUAAAUUUGGUUUUUUUUGGAAAACCCAGAGUGAGGACAGCUGUCUAGGAGAAUUUGGUGUCUGGAACAGCUUCACCCCAAGACUGGUUUCCUUCUCUCAGGCAAAACUCCGUGUUCAAAGCAUUAAAUUACAGAAUUUAGGAUUAAAAGUGCUUUUUUCCCUGUCUAGAAACGUUGCUUCUGUCCCUACAAACCAGAUUGUUCUGCCUGCAAAGAAAACAACCCCAAAUCCUAAACAAAAGAAGUGCUAAAAAACCCGCAGGGGCUGAUGUUUUACACAGAAAUACUAAUUUUUCACGUUUUUGAGGCAUUAACGGUGCUGUGAUGCUCCGGAGUUUCCGCGCGGUUCCGUCAGCGUUGCCACCAACAAUAAAAAAGUGCCUGUUUGGA